UUUCUAAUGGAUCUGAGAGUUCUCUUGUUGAAGCUAUCGCACACUUAAUCGAGGCUUCUUUACGCUGGUUACCACUUGAAUAUGAUGUUAAUGUGCAAGAAUUAGAAGGUGUUAGAGGAAAGUGGAUCAAGAAGAGAGUAUCUUUGAAAUGGAAGCAGUAUGAGGUUGCUUAUGUGAAAAGCAAUAGAUUUAUACUCCAUGGGUUAGUACAAGAAAAGAGUAUAAAGUAUUAUUUGCCUAUUUCCAAAGCAAAAAUCCACUUCUGCGAUAAAUCACUUGAAGAGGUAGAAGGAUUUGUACAUAUUUUAUUAACUUUGCGGAUGCAAAAGGAUAAAUCUAAAGAAUUAUCUGAAGUUGAUUUAUUGAUGACCAGAAUUGCAGAAUUAGAAUAUAUUAUAGAAGAAAAUACUAAACAUGAAGCU